AUGGAGACUCUUCAACAAUCACUCUUCUCCAAUGACCAAUACACAGUGGGAUGGAUCUCUGCGCUCCCAAUCGAAUUGGCAGCAGCCAAAGGGAUGCUAGACGAGGAACAUGGAGCUCCACAGACUCCUGCAGCAGAAGCAGACCAGAAUUCAUACCUUCUUGGAAAGAUCGGGAGUUUCAAAGUAGUUGUCGCUUGCUUGCCCAAGGAUCAAAUUGGUUCGGUGUCGGCCGCUGUGGUCGCACGAGACAUGGUCUCCACCUUUCCCAAGAUACGAAUUGGACUUCUGGUUGGAAUUGGUGCUGGAAUUCCAGAUGAAGACAAUGACAUUCGGCUUGGCGAUGUGGUCAUUAGCAGUGAUAAGGCCAGUGGAGGCGUUGUUGUCUAUGAUUUUGGAAAACGCCUCGCAGACGGCUCUUUCCAGAGCAUCUCAACACUGAAUCGCCCGCCUAGGUCGCUCAGCUCUGCCCUUGUUCAGCUCGAGGCGGCACAUAUGACACGCGAAAAUCACAUCUCACACUACAUCGACACUAUGCUUCUGAAGUAUCCAUUUAUGCGAAAGGCUGGCUAUGGCCGACCAACACAGGACACAGAUCGCCUGUUCGAGACCGAAUAUAAACAUUCCGCUGGUCGAACAUGUGAUAAAUGCGAUCCCUCAGAAGAGGUCUCUCGAGAGCCACGCUACGAUGAGUAUCCGGUUAUUCAUUAUGGGACAAUCGCCACUGGUGAUUCUGUUAUCAAGCAUGCCCCUACUAGGGAAGAGCUCAAGCAGAAGCAUAAUGCGAUCUGCUUAGAAAUGGAAGCAUCUGGAUUGAUGAAUAAUUUCCCAUGUCUGGUGAUUCGGGGGAUUUCUGACUAUGCUGAUUCUCAUAAAAAUGAUCGCUGGCAUGCAUAUGCUGCUGCGGCCGCGGCUGGGUGUGCUAAGGAGGUUCUUCAAUAUGUCCAGCCCAAGGAGGUUGACAUGGCAUCUGCCGCUAACGAAGUGCUUGUUUCUAAAGAUGUAUCUGAAAUAAAAGCCGUGAUCAUGACAGAACGAGUCAAGAACAUCCUUGACUGGAUCAGCCCUCUUGAUUUUAGUGUGCAACAGAAGCUGGCGUUCAAGACGCGCCAGCAAGGCACAGGCCUAUACAAGAGGAUAUUCAUUGUGAUUGAUGGUCUUGACGAGUAUCUUCCAUCGAAACCAGAGGAACGGCGGAAACUACAAUCAGAACUUUUCAAGCUACAGAAUGAUUUUCCAGUGAACAUCCUGGCUACGUCGCGGUUUGUCUCUGAAAUUCUAGGCGAUUUCGAAGGAUUCCCACGGAAGGAGAUCAGGGCAGUUGAUGAAGAUGUCCUCAACUACGCAAAUACACGAAUUCCACUUUUGGUGCGCGGUACCAUACCAAGCUAUCCUGGAACCCAAGACGAGGUUCGGCAGAGCAUUGUGUCGAGCGCAGAUGGAAUGUUUCUUCUUGCUACGCUACACUUGGAUCACCUUAUGGGAUUUCCGACUGUAGGGGAAUUGAAAGAGGCCUUGCCACUAUUAUCACGUGGUGAAAAUGGUCUGUUCGGUGCAUAUGACUUGGCGAUGAAAAGAAUCAAAUCUCAGCCACCAGCUUGCGGACAACUGGCAAUGAAAGUUCUAUUCUGGCUGACCUAUGGCAGGCGGCCACUGCGUGAAAAUGAGCUGCAACAUGCACUGGCGAUCCGAGAGAACAUGGAAGAGCUCAAUCUGGAGUUCAUGCCACCGGCUGAGAUGAUUGAUUCGUUUUGUGCCGGUCUGGUGAUCCGAGAGAGCGACACCGGCAUCGUUCGACUGGUCCACGGAAUAACUCACCAAGUGAACCCGAAGUCAUCGUGA